UAUUAUGUUUUGUUUGAAGAAAACAAAUACAGAAGAGCUGUAUAAAACAAAUUCAUUUUCUUUGUAUGGCAGGACUAUUUCAAUCCAGCGCUUGAUGAGAAAAUCAUUUUAAAAUGUAGGCUUCACUUUAUUUGCAUGACAAAAGACACAUGUCGAUCGCAUACAGGUGGGUAGGCGCUGUCUGAUUGGCCGAAAGUUCAGCAUCAUGUUGAGCAUUGGGGCAAUCGCUCGCCGUGUACAGAGCACUUUGGGUCGUGAGAUGUAUACAAGUUUAUCGUCUGCGAGGAGUUUGAAUUUUAAUGCUGAGCAGACGAGGAGUAAACGCCGAAGUCAACAGCAUUUUCGAGGGUGGUUUCCAGGCGAGAGUUCUUGGACAUUUCGGCGGAGUUUGCCUGCCGUGCGUUGGCUAGCCACGGCUCGGUGUUUACGCAAGAAAGACACGGCGGGAAAAGACGAGGACGAUCGAACCCACAAACUGCUGCUACCGGGAGAAGUACCGGCAGCAGGUCACGAAAGAAUAGCGGGAACUCAGGGCAAGAAGACGAUGAUUGUUAGUCCUCCUACGGUCCAAGUUUUUGCAGAUCCUUCCAUGUCAAAAACUGUCCGCGAUGUCUCCGUCGACAUCGAGAAAAUCAAAGGUCAGCUGAAGUUUAUGAGGGAAGAGUUCUCAGACAGCUCCUUCGAGGUGUUGAAGCUUGUCCAAGGCAGGUCGUCAAUAAUAGCGGCUUUAAAGGAGACUAGGAAGUUCUGCCGAGACAACCAAUCAGCGAUCGUGUCUCUCAAGACUGAGCAGCGCAAAUUUGAUGAGCUCAUCGCUUACAUCAGCAAGAUGAUUGCCCGACACGAGAACCAAAUGAAUGACCCCAGAAAACGGCAAGAUAAGGACGCGGUUGCUGAAAAAAUUGACGGCAUUUCUCAGAGAAUCGACCAGGCCAAUAAAAGUAUCCAAAACCUAACCAUAACCGUGCACGACAAACUACAAAGUGACGUGAAGAAAGCACUUGCCGAUGUCAAACAACUGCGCAAUGAUGUCACACGAAUUGAGCUGGACGUUAAGUACAGAGGGAGGGAGAUCAGUGAAUUGAAGGGCAAGAGUCCAGUAAAUCUUAUGAAUGCAAAGCAGGUGCAACAGAAACCCCCAAAAUAGCCAAAUAUCUCCCAUAACAUUUAUCAAAAUCAAUCUUCUUUGGGUGUACUGGGUGUAUCAGAUUUGAUAUUCAUAUGACCAUACCACAGACAUGCUAAUUCAGAGCAUUUUAAAAGGUGCACCCUUUAAAUGUAAACAAAGUCACUAACUAUACACUCAACAAAAUACCAACACACAAAUUUGUUUCUUUUCUGGAAAAGACAAUGAUUUUUAAUGUAAAAUGUACAAAAUGAGCCCUAAAAAGAUGGAUUUACAAAUCUCAAUUCUUGUUUUCCGUUGGAUGCUCUACGCUAUGCAAACUUUAAUAUUCUCUAAGGAUUAAUUUUAAUAAGGACAGUUAAAAACACAACCAAAACAAAAGAACAAAAUUUUAAAAGGCAUCUUGGUAGAUUUUCAGCAGUCAUGAAAUAAAUGUUUGAGGUAUUUUG